UCACUGGCUGGGAGACCUGAGUUUUGGGGGCCACCGAGGCCGGCACACCGAAGCCCUUCAGCUCGGGGUGGGAGUAGGGGGUGGGGCGGGGGGCUCAUGGCUUCCCCGCCUCGGCCGCGGGCACAGAAUGUAGAGCCUUGGCCUCAGGAUAAGCAGGCUCGGGGUCCCCGCCUCGCUGCACCGGCGAGGUCGCUCACAGGCUUUGAAGGCCUUGAAGGCUGUGAGACCCGGACUCCUGCCUGGCUCCUGCUCACGGCACUUCCCCGCGUCUGUGUCCGUUUCUGUAAAUCACAGUUCAUGACAUUAACCUUCUUACUGUUGGAUUAGUGGUGGGAGUCAUACACAGUUUGCUACCAUUUGUUUACUGAACAGUUGCAAUGUGCUAUUUUCCUUCGAUGAUUUCACGUCAUCUUCAAAACAACCUUAUGAGCGUGGACCCUGCCAGCAGCCAGGCCAUGGAGCUCUCUGACGUCACCUGCAUUGAGGGAGUGGGUAAUGAGGUGAUGGUGGUGGCAGGUGUGGUGGUGCUGAUUCUAGCCUUGGUCCUAGCUUGGCUCUCUACCUACGUAGCAGACAGCAGUAGUAACCAGCUCCUGGGCACUAUUGUGUCGGGUGGUGACACAGCCAUCCUCCACCUGGGGCAUGUGGACCAGCUGGUGGCAGGCCAAGGCACCCCAGAGCCAACCGAACUACCCCAUCCAUCAGAGGGCAACGAUGAGAAGGCUGAAGAGGCCAGUGAUGGUGGAGGAGACUCCACUGGGGAACCUGGAGCCGGGGGAGAUACCGAGCCCAACAUUGAGCAUCUCCUUGACAUCCAGGGCCUGCCCAAACGGCAAGCAGGCCUGGAGAGCAGCAGUUCCGAAGCUCCAUUGAGAUGUGAGAGCACCUGCCUUCCUCCCAGCCCCAGCCUCAUCAACGUGCGGCUCAAGUUCCUCAAUGACACUGAAGAGCUGGCUGUGGCCAGGCCAGAAGACACUGUGGGUGCACUGAAGAGCAAAUAUUUCCCUGGACAAGAGAACCAGAUGAAACUGAUCUACCAGGGUCACUUGCUACAGGACCCAGCACGGACACUGCGUUCUCUGAACAUAACACACAACUGUGUGAUCCACUGCCACCGCUCACCCCCAGGAGCAGAUGUUCCAGGCCCCACAGCCUCCCUGGCCCCGUCGGCCACUGAGCCAUCCAGCUUCGGUGUCAACGUGGGCAGCCUCAUGGUGCCUGUGUUUGUGGUGCUCUUGGGUGUGGUCUGGUACUUCCGCAUCAACUACCGGCAGUUCUUCACGGCUCCUGCGACUGUCUCCCUGGUGGGGGUCACUGUCUUCUUUAGCUUCCUAGUAUUUGGGAUGUAUGGACAAUAAGGACACAGGGAGAAAACAAAUGGCAUGGUCUUCCUCCUUAAUGGCCUUCUCCCUUUCCUGGCCAGAGCUGGGCCCAGAGGUCUUGGGAGGGAUGGAAAGGGUGUUAUGGGUACCCUGACUCUAGGACCCAGGAGGCAGGUGUGGUGUGGUGGGGAGGGGCCUCUCUUCAUGUUCACAGGGUACUGACAUCUCCUCUGUGCAAGCACAACUCAGGUAGAAACAAGGAUGUCAUCUUUCAGAGUCCUGAAGAAGCUCAGAGCCAAAAGCCAAGCUCAGCCUGGGGUCUGGGGAUUCCCUUCCCAACUGUGACCCUCACCUGUCUCCUAGUCCUGCAUGUGUGUGCUCCCUAGCUCAGGGCAGUUCAGCAUGGCCUCAAGCAUACUUUGGUAGGGAGCUCAGAGUAUCCUUACACUCCUUUGUUGAGUGUGGAUCUUUUAAAACUAAAAUCACGGGUGAAAAUGAAGACUCUGCCAGCUUUCCUCAUAGGCACCUGGCCACCACCACCUUCUCCCUGUACCCCUUAGAGCAGAAAUAUGGUAUUUUUUUUUUUUCAAAGCACUUCUCUCACCCAUCUAAAUAGUCCUUCAUAGAGCUCAGUCAGGAAGGGGGUUGGGGCACAGGGCCAAGCCCCUAGCAUUGGGAGAGGCCAGGCCGCAGCUGCUGCUGACCUAGGCCUAAAGCGUGUAAGCAAGAGCGCACUGGUGGCCCUCAGCCAGUCUCCUGCUCAGCUCCAAGGACGAGCUCUGGGUAUGGACAGCCCAGCCUUAGGCCUUUGCCUCUGGGAAUUCUUGGAGAGCCAGUAUCUGUGACUGAAUAAAGUUUCAUUUUGUGGCUGUG